AUGGCGUCCUCUCCAAGUAACCCCGAAACCGCACCCGACGGCGCCUCCCUCGCCGCCAUGACAACCGACCAGCCCAAAAAGAUCGACCCAGUAUACUACAACUGGUCCAGCACCUUCUCCAUCCUCCUCAGCCGCAUGACGGGCUCGCGCGACGUCCCUCUCGAGGAGAAAUACUUCACCGAAAUGGACGCCUUAAAAGCCGACACGAUAUGUCAACGCUGCGACUCGAACCGCGACUACCUGCUGCAAUACUCGCCCAUCGUGCGCUUCCUCAAAGACGAGGUGGAAAAGCUCGGCGGCGACUUGAACAAGGACAAUAUCCUGUGUCGCAUGUGCACCAACUCGCAAUCAGGCGGAUUCAGUCUCGACCACGGCAUCUUGCUGUGCGCGAAUAAGUUUCGGAAUAGAGGGCAUCAGGAAGAUACCAUGGCGCAUGAGAUGGUGCAUGCGUGGGACCAUUUGAAGUUCAAGGUCGAAAAUGAUAAUCUAAGGCAUCAGGCUUGUUUGGAGAUUCGGGCGUCCACGCUCAGUGGCGAGUGCAGGUUUUCAAGAGAGUUCUUUACGAAGAAUCAGUGGAGUGUGACGGAGCAAUUGCAGCGGUGUGUGCGCCGGCGAGCGACGCUGAGUAUGAUGGCAAGGCCGGGUGUUAGGGAUGAGAAGCAUGCGGGCGAGAUUGUGAAUCAGGUGUGGGAAGGGUAA